AAUUACCUACUUGCACCCGCUGUAUAUAUAGUGUGUUGGAGUUUCUGCUACUGGAUCAUUAUGGCAGUGAUGCUUGAUGCAGCAGCUAUUGGGGUGCCAGAUGCCAUACCCAGGGACAUGAUGAAAGCACAGAGUAAGCUCAGGUGUGAAGGUACAUCAAUUUUGCUGGAGCUGGAUGAGUGUGAGGCUAUGAGUGUGGUGUUCCUGGCACUGCAAGGAAAUUUGCUCGCUCGUCAUGGCUACAGGCUUUCCCAGUACCUCUGUCGUGGCCAGGCAAAGGAAGCUUUUGAGCAGUUGGUGGAGUUGGCAGAGGAGGGAGGAGGUGGAGGUGUGUUGGUGGAAGCACUGUACAUCAUUGGUCGCUAUGAUUUACUGGAAGACCAUCUUGGACUGCCAGUCAACUUCACUCUUCAUCAGUUCUUCAAGAGAGAAAUUGGAGGAGUGGAGCCUGAUAGAAAGGCCAUGUACUGUGUUUGUGCUGGUAUGGCCCAGGAACAAACUGAUCAUCUUUUAGCCACUCGACUAGAAGACUGGUGCUGUUCAGGUUCUGGCCGACCCCUUGAAGAGACCUUUGUGAGGAACCUCACUGGAAUUAAUUACCAUGUGCUCCUCAAUCAGCUGUAUCAAGCUCUCUUGGCUGAGCAGCGAAACUCCCUGGCUUCCUGCCUACAGCCCUUCAUUAUGCGUCCUCCCAGUCCUCCCUGUACUUCAAGAUCAUUCUCUGAGGAGCUGUCAUCUUGUGAACGUGAUGUAUACCCACUGCCCACUGGUUACCCACAUGGCCUCUGUGUUAUCAUUAACAUCAAGACCUUCAUGAAGCCCAGAGGAGUGGAGGAUAAUUUUCCCCUUGUGGAGCGUCAUGGCUCAGACAUUGACAAAGAGCGGCUCACAGGAACCUUCAAACUCUUUGGAUUUCAUGUCAUGCAUUUUGACAAUCCAGACUACCAACAACUACAACAGUUUUUUCGGCGCUUGCGCAUGGAUCCUCGUCUGGCAGUGGUGGCUUGUCUGGCAGUGUGUGUCAUGACUCAUGGUGAUGAGAAUGAUAAUAUUUACCUGCAUGAUCGCACCUGCAUUUCCACAACUGACCUGAGGAAGCUGUGCUUCAGUCAGGCACUGCUUAAUAAGCCACGCCUGUACUUCAUCCAGGCAUGCCGUGGGAAUGAGGGGCUGAGGCCAAUCUUGCUACAGCAAGAUAACACCAUAGUCACCCAUUCUGAAAGUGACUGCCUCAUCUCUGCUGCCACAGUGCAAGGCUUUACUGCUGUCAGAAGUCAGACUGAAGGUUCUUGGUACAUCACAGAUCUAUGCCAGGCUCUGCAAGAGUAUGGCCAUAUUAUGCCCAUCAAGAAUGUGUGCAGAAAAACUCGCCAGAACCUCAAGUCUCGUAUGGGAAGCAUGAAUAACACCUAUGUAACUCAGUUGUCUGAAGAGAAAGUCACCCUUAUAAGAGAUGUGCAGCUGGUCAGAGCUGAGGAGGAACACUUCUUGGAAGGAAUAGCAAUCCUAACACAACUUGAAGUUAUGGAAAAGCUUUUAGAAGAGGCUUUGGAGGAGGUCAUUGAGAGUCAAGACAACCUGGAGAGUUUAACCAGCAGCCUCAUCAAUGUGAAAUUUUCUUAAGGUGAUGCCUUGUUGUGUUGUGUUGUGUUGUAUUUUGUUGUAUAAUAAAAAUUUAGUUGAAAUUACCAAAACUUUUAAGUGGUUCCAUACUUAAUUGGCCACAGAUUGGAAAACAUUUAGAGGCAUUGAUGAAGGUUUUGUUCUAUGCCUCACAGACUGUGUGGUGGUCAGAACUUAUACUUUUAUCACUUUGAAUGUUGAGUUGUAUUGUAGUCAGUGAUGUGGUGUUAAAAAAAAAUGCUUUUGGGGGGUUUCAUUUUUUUUUAUUUAUUGUUUUUUGGGUUUUAUUUAUUUCUUUGUUUAUUCCUCAUAUUCAUAUGUAAAUCAGUUUAAAUCAGCAAAUAAAAAGUAAUCUAGAAUGAAACAAAA